AUUGAUACACAGGAUAUCUAUUGAUGUCAAUGCGCAACCCUUAUCAUAAAACGGUGUAAAUGUCUGAUACAAUCAAUAAUUUGCCGAUAAAUCGCUUAUAAGUGGUCAAAACAAAACUGGAACAUGCGAAUGAUGCGAUUUGUAGAAGCGAGCUGUUAGGGGGCGAAAAAGGGAUAAGCGGUGAAACAUGGCAAAGACUCCAGUCAUUGGUAUAGAUCUGGGCACAUCUUUUUCCUGUGUGGCCGUGUUCCAACAUGGCAAAGUAAAAAUCAUUGAAAACGAGCAUGGUAACAAAACUACCGCCAGCUAUGUUGCCUUCACAGACACUGAAAGGCUUGUUGGAGAUACAGCUAAGAACCAGGUUGCGAUGAAUCCAACAAACACCUUAUUUCACGUAAAGAGAUUGAUAUGAAGAAAAUUCGACGAUCCUUAUGUCCAGUCUGAUAUGAAGCACUGGCCAUUUGAAGUAGUUAGCGAUGGUGGCAAACCUAAGCUGAGAGUUGAUUAUAAGGGAGUAAAGAAGUAUUUUUUCCCAGAAGAAAUUUCUUCAAUGGUUUUGAGCAAAAUGAAGGAAACUGCAGAGGCGUUUCUUGGCAAGACUGUAACAAAUGCAGUGAUUACUGUACCUUCCUGCUUCAACGACUCUCAGAGACAGGCUACUAAAGAUGCUUGUACCAUUUCCGGUUUGAAUGUGCUCCGUAUCAUCAAUGAACCUACAGCAGCUGCCAUUACGUAUGGAUGGGGCAAAAAUGACGGAAGUGAAAGAAAUGUGCUCAUCGUCGACUUGGGUGGUGGAACCUUCAAUGUGACCAUAGCGACCAUUGAAGACGGCGUUUUAAACGUGAAGUCCACAGCUGGUGAUUCUCAUUUGGGGGGUGAGGAUUUCGACAACCGAAUGGUGGACCACUUCAUCCAGGAGUUCAAGCGAAAACACAAGAAGGAUAUCAGAGACAACAAGCGUGCCGUAUGUCGCCUCCGUUCAGCUUGUGAGAAGGCAAAGAGAACUAUAUCAUCCAGUACACAGGCCAGCAUUGAGCUUGAUUCCCUAUAUGAUGGAGUUGAUUUCUACACAAGCAUAACCAGAGCCAGAUUUGAAGUGCUGAAUGCCGAUCUCUUCAGAGGCACACUGGAACCGGUUGAAAAAGCUUUACGUGAUGCUAGAAUGGACAAGGCUGGUAUCCAGGACAUCGUCUUGGUCGGUGGCUCCACCAGAAUUCCAAAGGUCCAGAAACUCCUGCAGGACUUCUUCAAUGGAAAGGAACUUAACAAGAGCAUCAACCCCGAUGAGGCUGUUGCCUAUGGUGCAGCGGUGCAGGCUGCCAUCCUCCAUGGUGACAAGUCUGAAGGGGUUCCUAACAUCCUUCUGGUGGAUGUUGCCACAUGGUCGUUGGGUAUCGAGACCGCUGGAGGUGUGAUGACCGCGCUAAUAAAAAGAAAUACUCGUACUCCGAUCAUGAGCACGCAUAUAUUUACCACUUAUUCAGACAACCAGCCUGAUGUUCUAAUCCAGGUGUACGAAGGUGAAAGAGCCAUGGCCAAAGACAACAACCUGCUUGGAAAGUUCGUACUUGUCGGAAUCCCACCGGCACCCAAGGGUGUUCCACAAAUUGAGGUGACCUUUGACAUUGAUGUCAACGGUAUUCUCAAUGUCACCGCAGCGGACAAGAGCUCUGACAAUAAGACCAAGAUUACCAUCACUAAUGACAAGGGUCGACUUAGCAAGAAGGACAUUGCCCGCAUGGUGAAUGAUGCCAAGAAAUACAAGCAAGAGGACAAACAAGAGAAGGAGCGCAUCACAGCAAAGAACCAGCUGGAGAGCUAUUCAUUUAACAUGAAGACCACCGUAGAGGACGAGAACAUGAAGGGAAAGUUAAGCGAGGAUGACAAGAACACCAUCUUGGACAACUGUAACGCGAUCGUGGCUUGGCUGGACAGCAACCAGCUGGCUGAUAAGGAGGAAUAUGAACACAAACAGAAGGAGUUGGAAUGCGUGUGCAAACCGAUUAUCAUUAAACUCUACCAAAGAAUGACAGCGGCUCCAGCCAUUGGAAUUGAUCUGGGCACAACAUAUUCCUGCGUAGGCGUGUUCCAACAUGGCAAGGUAGAAAUUAUUGCCAAUGAUCAGGGCAAUAGAACAACCCCCAGCUAUGUUGCCUUCACAGACACUGGAAGGCUCGUUGGAAAUGCAGCUAAAAACCAGGUUGCAGUUAACCCAAACAACACUAUAUUUGACGCAAAAAGAUUGAUAGGAAGACAAUUUGACGAUCCCACUGUCCAGUCUGAUAUAAAGCACUGGCCAUUUAAAGUUGUAAGCGACGGUGGCAAACCUAUGCUGAGAGUUGAUUACAAGGGUCAAAAGAGGUCAUUUUUUCCAGAAGAAAUAUCUUCAAUGGUCUUGAGCAAAAUGAAGGAAACUGCAGAGAGUUUCCUUGGCAAGACUGUCACAAAUGCUGUCAUUACUGUACCUGCUUGCUUCAAUAACUCUCAGAGACAAUCUACUAAAGAUGCUGGUACCAUUUCUGGUUUGAAUAUACUGCGCAUCAUAAAUGAGCCCACAGCAGCAGCCAUUGCAUAUGGAUUGGACACACAGGAUGGAGGUCAAAGAAAUGUGCUCAUCUUUGACUUGGGAGGCGGUACCUUCGAUGUGUCCAUCCUGACAAUUAAAGACGGCAUUUUAAAAGUGAAGUCCACAUCUGGUGAUUCCCAUUUGGGUGGUGAAGAUUUCGACAACCGAAUGGUGAACCACUUCAUCCAGGAGUUCAAGAGAAAACACAAAAGAGAUAUAAGCGACAAUAAGCGUGCAGUUCGUCGUCUCCGUACAGCUUGUGAGAGGGCAAAGAGAACUUUAUCAUUCAGCACAUAUACCAGCUUUGAGAUUGAUUCCAUUUACGAUGGAGUUGAUUUCUACACAAGCAUAACCAGAGCCAGAUUUGAUGAGCUGAAUGCCGAUCUCUUCCGAAGUACACUUGAACCGGUUGCAAAGGCUUUACGUGAUGCCAAAAUGGACAAGGCUGAUGUCCAGGACAUCGUCUUGGUCGGUGGCUCCACCAGAAUACCAAAGAUCCAGAAACUGCUGCAGGACUUCUUCAUCGGAAAAGAGUUACACAAGAUAAUCAACCCCGAUGAGACCGUUGCUUAUGGAGCAGCUGUGCAGGCUGCAAUCCUCCAUGGUGACAAGUCUGAAGAGGUACAGUACCUUCGACUGCUUGAUGUUGCCCCAUUGUCUCUUGAUAUCGAGACUGCUGGAGGUUUGAUAACCUCUCUGAUCAACAGAAACACUACCAUUCCAACCAAGCAGACGCAAACAAUCGAGCUAUAUUCGGACAACCCGUCUUGUGUUUUCAUCCAGGUCUACGAAGGUGAGAGAGCCAUGACCAAGAACUACAACCUGCUUGGCAAGUACGAAUUGACCGGAAUGGAACCUGCACACAGGGGUGUUACUAAAAUUGAGGUGACCUUUGAAAUUGAUGCCAGCGGUAUCCUCAACGUCACUGCUGCAGACAAAAGCACUGGCAAAGAGAAAAAUAUCAACAUCACCAAUGAUAAGGGUCGACUAAGCAAAGAAGAAAUUGAUCGCAUAGUGAAUGAUGCCGAGAAAUACAAACAAGAGGACGAACAACAGAAGGAGCGCAUCACAGCCAAGAACCAGCUGGAGAGCUACUUAUUCAACAUGAAGACCACCGUAGAGGACGAGAACAUGAAUAGAAAAAUAAGCGAAGAUGACAAGAAGACCAUCUUUGACAAGUGUAAUGAAAUCAUUUCUUGGCUUGACAGCAUCCAGCUGGCUGAUACGGAGGAGUAUGCACACAAACAGACGGAGCUGCAGGGCGUGUGCAAUCCGAUCAUCAAUUAGCUAUACCAGACAGAAGAGACCUCUACUCGUUGCUGAUUGCAUGCCUCCAAAGUUCGGCGGAGCUGAUGCAGACCCUGGCGAAACUUUAAUUUAUUGCCGAUCACUUAAUACAUAAUAAUGUCAGGUAUCAUUUUUCAAAUGUACACAAAAAUUAUGUAAAUAUCCUCACCCUUAUCGAAGGAAAUAAUACAAAUUUGCACCUAACGCCCGACUGCAAAUUCCAAGUGUAUGUGCAGUUUGGUUUAUAUGUUACAAGUGUGGAUUAUUGAAGGACAUGGUUUAUAUGUUACAAGUGUGGUCGAUCGACCAGGGCUUAAUGCAUGCGCGUAAAGUACCGUGCCAGAUAGGCAUGCCCUGUCCGCACAUGCUAUCAGAGACGAUACUUUCCGCCUAGACAGGUUUGUUGUUUCGCAUGGACUAUCUUUACACGAAAUUAUUCCAAAGGCGAAAAGUAUCGUCCCCGAUAAGCAUGUGUCACUCUGUUGACCAAUAAAAGCAGGAAAAUCUUAAGGAAAAAUUGAUGAUGUUAGUUGUUACUGUCCUUUCAGCAUUCUUUAAUUACAAAUGGGCCUUACAUCGAUUUUACAGAUGUGUAGAAAGAUUACCGGUACCCAGUAUAUUAGCGUACAAUUGACCCCUUCAUUGAAAGAUAAGCGUAUCUUCAUUUAACAGGAAAUUCCUUCCCUGGUUUCAAGGGGUACACAGUUCUUCUAGUACUUAAUAAGCUGUGUGGUUAGGUGAGUGAUUCAAUGCCAUUUGUCAAGCGUUGGAAAACAAAAUGUUAUAAAUUAAAUACAUGAAUAUCA